AUGCCACAAUACGCAAAAGAACGGGACCCAGAGCAGGACUCGACCGAGCAGGAGACUGAUAUUGGGUUUAUCCCCUUUUUCGACCGUUUGCCUAAAAAGUCCCCAGAGACGGGCACACUCCGUCUCUUUCACCGUCCGGUCGACGACUAUUACCAGUGCUACGGCGACGAUGCACUAUAUGUCGCCACAAAUGUAUUUCGCACUCAAUCCGUAAUCAAGUAUCUGGGGCGGGGUGGGAAAGGUGUUGGACUACCCUGCGUUUCUCUAAAAGCGACUGUUGCUCUCACAACAUUGCGAGAAGCUCUCACGAGUAAACAGCUCAGAGUAGAGAUAUGGACGCCCGAGUCUGGCCAAAAGAAACUUGUUAAGUUUCGUUUGGACAAAGAGGCGUCACCAGGAAAUUUGCAGGCCGUCGAGGAACUCCUGUUCGGAGCUGGCUCUGAUCUACUCACGCCACCAGUUGUAAUGGCAAUCAAGUUGGCUACGUCUGCAGCAUCGAAAACGACAGCCCUCGGAGUCGCUUUCGCGGACCCGACCCUUCGUGAACUCGGCGUCGCAGAUUUCGUAGACAACGAUUUGUUUUCAAAUCUUGAGUCCCUCAUCAUACAACUUUCCAUAAAAGAAGCAAUCAUUCCUACUGGGACCAAAACUGGAACAACCGACCGUGACCUCGAACUCAACAAGCUCAAGGCUGUCCUCGACAGAUGUGGUGUCGUCGUGACAGAGAAAAAGCCCAGCGAAUUCAAUCCUAAAAAUAUUGCUGAUGAUCUGCCCAAACUUCUCUCCGUAAAAGCCUUAGAGGCACUGGGCGCUUCCACUUCAGCGGACGUGGCUAUGGUCAUACCCCAACUGGCACUCCCUAAUGCGCCAGCUUCUUUGGCUGCUCUAAUCACUUAUUUGGGCCUUCUGAGUGACCCUUCUAACCAUGGUCGUUGCACUCUUCGCACUCACGACCUUGAUCAAUAUAUGAAACUCGACGCGAGUGCUCUUCGUGCUCUCAAUCUCGUUGAGGCGCCAGGUGUCACGAGAGCCACACGAAACACGACGCUUCUAGGAUUGUUAAACAAGUGCAAAACGGCUCAAGGCACACGGCUUCUGGGCACUUGGCUUAAGCAGCCUCUUACAAACUUGCACGAGAUCCAAAAAAGACAGAACUUGGUGGAAAUAUUCGUGGAAGAUACCAACACAAGGCGAGCAUUGCAGGAUGAGAACAUGAAAGUCUUUCCGGACUUGCGCCGUUUAAGUAAGCGACUACAGAAGGGUAUCGCUACUCUCGAGGAUGUGGUUCGGGUGUACCAGGUGGUCGUUCUUCUUCCUACUCUCAUCGAGACCCUCGAGAACACGAGAGUAGAUGAAGAACAAAAUACUGGACUGAUCGAAGAAAUCUACUUAACCCACUUGCGGAAUUAUAGCGCGAAUCUCUCCAAAUAUGCCGAAAUGGUGGAACACACCGUGGAUUUGGAAGCCACUGAUCAGCACAACUAUAUCAUCAAACCAGAAUACAAACCGAGUUUGUUGGAGCUUGCCGAUUCAGUAAGAGAAGCACGUGAUGGGUUGGAUGGGGUGCACAAAAAGGAAGCCCGCGAAUUAGAUCUUGACAUGGACAAAAAGUUGCACCUCGAACACAACCCGACAUACGGGUAUUGUUUCCGGGUGACGAAACCCGAAUGGAAAAAAAUUGAAGAUAGCAAAGGUUCCGACUACAUCAGCCUAGGGUCAACUAAAAGCGGCUGCUUUUUUACAACGAAGAAGUUGAAGCAGUUUGCGGCUGAUUAUCGCGAUUAUACGGAAAAGUAUGAGAGAGAGCAGCGGAAACUAGUCGAGGAGAUCGUGGAUAUCGCAAAGACUUAUACGACCGUGCUCGAAACGCUCGACAAUGUCAUAGCUCAUUUGGACGUAAUUCUGAGCUUUGCUCAUGUCGCAGUCAACGCGACGGAUGCCUACGUGAAACCGAAGGUUACUCCUCGAGGUACCGGUGAUCUUGUACUUAGAGAUGCUCGUCAUCCUUGUCUGGAAGCGCAAGACGACAUCAACUUCAUCCCAAAUGACGUUGAAAUGGUCAAGAAUAAAAGCGAAUUCCAGAUCAUCACGGGCCCAAACAUGGGCGGGAAAUCCACAUAUAUCAGACAGAUUGGAGUUAUUGCGCUUAUGGCACAAACAGGCUGCUUCGUGCCUUGCUCUGAGGCACGAAUACCUAUCUUUGACUCCGUCUUAUGUCGCGUUGGCGCAGGCGACAGUCAGCUCAAAGGUGUUUCUACAUUCAUGGCCGAGAUGCUAGAAACAGCAUCAAUUCUCAGGUCUGCAACUAAGGAUUCUUUGAUCAUUAUUGAUGAACUUGGACGAGGAACUUCGACAUACGACGGUUUUGGCCUAGCCUGGGCUAUAUCUGAACACAUCGCAUCCGAAAUCCACGCAUUCUGUCUUUUUGCCACACAUUUUCACGAGUUGACUGCGCUCGACCAACAAAUCCCGCAUGUGAAGAAUCUCCAUGUUGUGGCUCAUGUCGACGAUAUCGAAGCCGGCGAACAAAACAUCAUUCUGCUUUACAAAGUCGAACCUGGCAUCUCCGACCAAAGCUUUGGAAUUCACGUCGCAAAGCUGGCAAACUUCCCAGAGAAUGUAAUCAAGCUCGCUCGUCAAAAAGCUGAUCAACUGGAAGACUUCGGAGGAGAAAAGCACCACGAUACUGGCUUCUCGCAAGAUGUUACGGAGGAAGGGAUCCAAAUACUAGAGGACUUGUUCACCGCCUGGUCGGCAGACAGCUCAGACACUGAUGGGGAUGAUAUUCUUAUGGGGGAUGACUCCCCAGAGGCACAGCUGGAACAACUAAAACGCCACAUCACCAAGUUUCAGCCCAAAAUUGAGGCCAAUCCUUGGUUGUCCGCUGUUCUGGAGUCCUUGUUAUAA